GAGAGAGAGCCACAUCUACACACAGCCCGCAAAUCAUGAUUCUCAGACGCCCACUUCGCAGCGCAACGUCGGCCGCCGUCUCGAUACCAAAGACAUGCGUGCGCCACCUCCAGCACUCGAUUCCCAUGCGGCCAGUGCCGAAGCCGAUACCGUUUAUCCCAGACCACACGGCGUUUCUGAGCGCGAUUGGGCGGGGGCUGUCUGCGCACGCGACAAAGAUACCGUCGUGGGAAGCGCUCUUCACACUGACGUCGCCGCAGCUCAAGGAGCUGGGUGUGGAGCCCGCGCGCUCCCGCCGGUACCUGCUGCACUGGCGGGAAAAGUUCCGGAAUGGCGAGUACGGCAUUGGCGGCGACUGCAAGCACGUUAGCGACGGCGUGGCGGAACUCAAGGUCGUGGACGCUCCUGUGCCGCCGAACCCGCUGCUUGGUAGCACGAUUAGUCCGCGGUCGGCGGCUGCAACGGCGACGCAUGAUCCCGGGACGAGGAAGCUUGUAGUCAACAUACCGGCGGGUGCUAAGGAGCCCAUGGAGCCUGUGGAGACGCUGGCGAAAGUCCAGGGCGUGGUUAUAAAAGGUGCAAAGACGAUUAAAGGUAGUUUUGUGGAGCCCGUCAAGGGAAGCGGAGGGCUUCGUGCGAGGAUAAGGCUGCAGGAGGGGAUCUGGGAAGAGAGGAGGGGCCACAAGGUCGAUGGUGGUGAGAGGAGGAAGGCAGAGGUGCGGGCGAAGAGGAGGGCGGCUGAGAAUAAGGAAAAGGCCCGGUAGAUGCACUUGACAUGGAGCAGAUGAAGAUAGGCUUGCUUGUACUAUCAAUGUUUAUAUUAUGUGGACAUGUACAU